AUGUCAUCUACUGAAAAUAUACUCUAUCAAGCAUUUGCAUUAGCACUCGGAAAAGAUCGACAUUUUUUAGAAGAUAAAUUUCAUCGUGAACCGACUAUCUUAUUACUGAGAUAUCCAACAGGCGGUGAAUGUCCCGAAUACACAGAUAUUGGUUUUCUAGCUAUCAGCUUAUUAGAUCCAGUUGGUGUCUUGAAAAUUAAAACACGUGGAAAUAAUGAAUGGAUAGAUGUACCUGCUCAUCCAAACACAUUUCUAUGUCAUAUCAGUGAUGCAUUAGAAUGGGUGACAAAUGGUUUGUAG